AUGUCGACGAUGCUAUUUCUUGUCUGCAUCAUUUUUGGGAUUGUAGUAAUGAGAGGAUGCAACGCAACGACAUACUUUGUGGGAGAUAGCUCUGGUUGGGACAUAAGCUCCGAUCUUGAUUCCUGGACUUUAGGCAAGCGAUUCUCUGUUGGUGAUAUCCUAAUGUUUCAAUACUCACCGACACAUAGCGUCUACGAAGUUGCGAAAGACAAAUUCCAAAGCUGCAACACGACGGACCCGAUCCGUACGUUCACAAACGGGAACACGACCGUGGCUCUGUCCAAACCCGAAGAGAGGUUCUUUCUAUGCGGUAAUAGGCUCCAUUGCUUUGCCGGUAUGAGGUUACAAGUAAAUGUCGAAGGCAAUGGUCCAUCUUCGGCCCCUGUGGGAGCUCCCCAAGCCGCCACCACAGGGAUUAUUCAGCCAUCUUCGAAGAAAAAUAAUCCCGCGACUGGAGUCGCCAACUCGGCUGCUCGUUUUGGCAACCGCGAUUGGAAGAAUAUUUAUUUCGUUUGA